GGCAACAGUUGGCGACGUUAAAGGAGGCAACCGGAUUUUGAUAUUUGUUGUGGGUUCUGGGUCGCAUUGGAAAGAUUUAAAAUGCCUGCUUAUCAUUCUGCACUCAAAUCAACGCAAUUGAUCGGCAAUAUGGCUCUCCUCCCAGUUAAAACUCAGUUUAGAGGACCAGCACCUCGAGCAGAAACAGACCAAGAAGAUAUUGUUGAUGAAGCAAUUUACUUCUUCAAAGCUAAUGUAUUUUUCAGAACAUAUGAAAUUAAAAGUGAAGCAGAUAGAGUAUUAAUUUAUCUGACAUUAUACAUAACAGAAUGUUUGAAAAAGUUACAAAGGUGUUCAAAUAAGAAUCAAGGUCUUCAAGAUGUAUAUAGUUUAGCAAUAGCAAAGUUUGAUAUUCCUGGUGAUUCUGGGUUUCCUUUAAAUGCUGUGUACUCAAAACCUAGUUCUUCUUCUGAAGCAGAUUUAAUGCGUCAAUACCUUCAACAGUUGAGACAUGCCUGUGGUCUUCGAUUAUGUGAAAAAGUGUUUGACCCAGAAUCUGGAAAGCCUAGUAAGUGGUGGCUAUGUUUUGCUAAAAGAAAAUUUAUGGACAAAAGUCUAUCUCAACCUGGUCAAUGACAACUUUUUUUUUUUUUUUUUUUUUGUGAAUAGCCAACUGUUGCACAUUAAUGUAUUAAAAGUUUUAAUGCUAUGCUUUUGAUGUUAGCAAAUUUAGAUUUUAUAUUUCAUUUUGUCUAAAUUGACUUCCAAUAAAGGUCAAUUUUGUUUUUGUUGAUUUUCUUUACAUAAAAAUGUAUAAAUUUUUUCAAAAUCUUUUGUAAUGUAAAGUGAAGAAAUAAAACUCUUGU